AUGUCUGCGAAGUUUCUCGAUGGUAUCAAGGCGAAGGACAUUGAUGGCAAGGAGGUCGACCUUGGGUCCAGCUAUGGCAGCGCCAAGAAGGUCUUGAUCGUCAACCUGGCUUCCAAGUGCGGGCUCACCGACUCCAACUACAAGGAGAUCGCUGAGCUCACCAAGAAGUACACCGCUCCCGACCUGGUGGUUCUUGGAUUCCCUUGCAACCAGUUCGGUGCCCAGGAGCCAGGAACUGAGGCAGAGAUUAAGAAUUUUGUUGAGACCAAGUACAACGCCAAGUUCCCCCUUUUCUCCAAGAUCAACGUCAACGGCAACGACACUCAUCCCUUGUACAAGAAACUCAAGGACGCAACCAGCUGCGGGGACAUUCAGUGGAACUUCGCCAAGUUCCUCAUCACCGACGGCGACAAGGUCGAGGCUUUCGGGCCCCGUGUGGAGCCAAAGAGCAUCAUCUCGUAA